CUUGGAACAUGAUGCUAGCAAUGAAAGGACACAAAUGAUGCUUCAAGAAUCAUAUAAUCACAUCAAAUCCACCUUUUAUUGCAUGUAAAUAGACAUGAAGUUUCAGUUUAAACUUCGAAAACUCUGAAAAAAACGAAGAAAACACAAUAUAAUGGCAAGAAAUAUGAAUAUCACAAAGUUCAAGCCACACAUAAUAAUGAUCAUAUCUCAAAUAGGCUGGACCUUACUGUAUUUCAUUACUGAAGCAUCGUUUAACCAUGGGAUGAAUCCUUAUGUUUACAUAACUUAUCGACAUAUUGUAGCUGGCGUUGUGAUGCUCCCUUUUGCAUAUUUUCUCGAAAGACAGUUGAGACCAAAGUUGACAGUAGCUCUGUUGGCGGAAAUAUUUGUGCUCUCCCUUUUUGGAGUGGGAUUGGCACUCAACAUGUAUUUCGCGAGCUUAAAGUAUACUUCACCGACUUUUGUUGCAUCUAUGAUCAACACUAUAGCUUCCUUAACCUUUGUGAUUGCAGUUGCACUCAAGAUGGAAGUUCUCGAUAUAUGGAACCCUCGUGGGCUAGCAAAGGUUCUUGGAACCAUAAUCUCGUUGGGAGGAGUAAUGGCCAUGACAUUGUACAAAGGAUCGGUCAUACGAAAUAUCUGGAAUCCCCUGUUAAGAAUUCACGGAAGUAGCUCAACUACAAACGAGAACUGGAUGAUAGGGUCGAUUCUGAAUGCAGCAAGCUGCAUAUCGUGGUCCAUAUGGUACAUCAUGCAGGCUUACACGCUGAAGCGAUACCCUGCACAACUGUCGCUAACAACAUGGAUGAGUUUCGUAGGGGCUGCGCAGUCGGCUAUUUUCACUGCAUGUGUACAACGCAAGCCAGCAGCAUGGGCCAUCGGUUUCAACAUUGAUCUCUUAUCCACCAUUUACGCAGGAGUAGUUUGUUCGGGUUUACUAGUCUUCCUUCAGUUAAAAUGCACAGCAGAAAAAGGGCCCGUGUUUGUCACCAUGUUCAACCCUCUUACAACUAUACUCGUAGCCUUACUCGCGUAUUUUGUCCUAGGCGAAAAGCUCUACAUGGGCAGUGUAAUGGGCGCAGGAAUCGUCAUUUUUGGUAUGUACCUCUUAAUGUGGGGCAAAGAAGAAGCACAAACGAAUAGUGCAGGACGGUAUCUAAGCUAUAAGGAUUCAACAGGUCUUAAACCAGAGACGGAUGGAGACCAGAUGACAACCGAACCGUGAAUACAAGCAUAUAAAAGCGACUGUCACGCAAACGCAAUCAAGAUGAAAAUAAGAAA